GGAGGGGGAAGAUGGAGGAGACGCCGCCGUCCUUCCGGCGCCGUGGGAGACCGAGUGUGCAGCGGAGCGGCGCAGAAGGAGUGAACUGCUACGAGGUUAAGUCUGAAUUCAUGCAUUUCUUUCAGAAAGCAUGUGCAGUUCUUCAUACUACUAUUUCUAUCUGAAACUCAAUCUGUGGUUUACCCCUAAUGUUUGUUUGUUGGCAAUUUGCAAUUGCCCAUCAUGUUCUGAAUGGCACGCAUGGUGCUUGGCAUAGUUUGAUUUUGACAAAGAUACCAGGGCCAUAAGGUGAGCCUCUAACAAAGGUACCUGAAACGAAACCUUGAGGGCAACUGGAAACGUGUAUCAAACUGUGGGAUUUUCUUGAAGGGUUCUCCCCGCUGAAAGUCUGAAAUCCAACUCAAAGCCUGUGGGAUUGGCUACUGGUUCUGCGCUCCGAAGUCGGAACUAAGGCCCAGUGCUGUGCUUUGUGGUCAACUCCAAAGUCUUGCAUAUUUCUGCCCCCUCUUGGCCUGCAUAUAUAUCUAGUGCAAGGUCUCUGUCAGUCAAGUCCACAAAGUGUCUUGGAGGAUAACAUUAUAUAUGCCCAAGAUUAGUGCUUAAUGCUGCAGUCAUGGUCCAAGUUUGGUCCUGGAACAGCAUGUCACUCAUGAGCGAGAACACCCUUUCGUCGAUUCAGAGCGGGGAGGGUGAUGCAUUGAAAUUAACAACAUAAUAUGAUUCUUUCUUUAAAUCUUAUAUCAACACAAGCAUUCAACUAGUUUGAAGACGAACGGGCCACUAAUUUGGUUACUUCAUGGCAACACCAAAAUCAUGCGUAUUUCUGCCCCACUAGGCCUCCAUAUCAAGUACGGGAGCUUCAGUAGUCAAAUCCACAAAGUGUUUGGACCCCAAAUCAAUAUGUUAUCUACCCCAAGAUCAGUGCUUGGCGGUCAGUCGUUGCCAAUGUUUGGUCGUUUGUGCAUGUCUGUGGCCAUUCUCCAAAAUGUUCGUCAACAAUUCCACUAAUGGUCUCGCGAAUAAUAUAAAAAAUGCCACUAAUGAAGUUGCUUUGUUGACUAAGCAUACCUCCUUGGCCAUGGACUAAACUGUGAGCUAGUCUACAGUCUAGGGAUGGCUAGUUAUAAAGACCGCAGCAAGCAAGGAGCAGAGGAAUUCACGGCAUAAUCUGAAACCCUUUUCUUCCAAAUGGUCUGCUACUUGUUAUGGAGAUGUUUGUUCCUGGUCCUCUGUGGAGUGUGCUCCAUGUUCCAGAGUUCUUCGGGCUGUUUCAUGGAGGAGAGAGCAGCCCUCAUGGAUAUUCGCUCUUGGCUUGUGAAUGCAGAGUCCAAGGCUCCCACUUCUUGGGGAGACGGUGGUGACUGCUGCUCGUGGGAAAGGAUAACCUGCGACAAUACCACACACCGACUGUCUCAUCUCAACCUUUUCCAGACCUACCAAGAAAACCUACAGUAUUUCGAAGAUGAAUGUCCGAAUUUUAACUUGACGAUCUUUUCUUCGUUUCGGGGGCUUCAACUACUGAAUUUCUCUGGACAUCACGCUUGUUUACAGAAUUUCGAGGGUCUCCAAGGAUUGAGUAAGCUCAAGUAUCUCGACCUCAGUUACAACAGUUUUCAAGGUGGGGGUAUCCCAGGAUCUGUUGGCAAAUUGGUUUCUCUAGAAGUCAUAAAUCUCAAUGGAAACAACAUAGGUGGGACUCUUCAUAGUACAGAUUUCAGUAAUCUCCGUAAUCUGCGUGAAUUGCAUUUGGGAUCCAGUCAAUUGAAGGGUAGCCUCCCAGCAUCCAUAUUUGCACUUCCACGCCUUGAGUACCUGGAUCUUUCAUACAACCUCUUCGAAGGACAUAUACCUAUAAACUUAUCUCGGAACUUGCGAUUGCGAGAAUUGUAUUUGACUUUCAAUAGAUUGAGUGGAGGCCUCCCAACAUCCUUAUUUGCACUUCCACGGCUUGAGUACUUGGAUCUUUCAGACAACCUAUUUCAAGGACAUAUUCUUACAAACUCAUCUUGGAACCUCCGAGCAUUGCAUUUGGGAUCCAAUCAAUUGAGUGGUACCCUCCCAGCAUCCGUAUUUGCACUUCCAUGCCUUGAGUACUUGGAUCUUUCAUACAACCUUUUUAAGGGACAUAUACAUAUAAACUCAUCUUGGAACCUGCGAGAAUUGCAUUUGAGAUCCAACCAAUUGAGUGGUAGGGUCCCAGGAUCCGUAUUUGCACUUUCAUGCCUUGAGUACUUGGAUCUUUCAGAAAACCUAUUACAAGGGCAUAUACCUAUAAGCUCAUCCUGGAAGUGUACAUCAUCGCUUCAUACCAUCCGGUUAUCUGAUAACAGGCUAAGCGGUCAAUUUGAUUUCUUCUGGCUAAGAAACUGUGCCAAACUCAAAGAGAUAGAUCUGUCCAGGAAUACUGAUUUGGUCAUUCAAGUGCAAAUGCAUGGCUGGGUACCUAAAUUUCAGUUGAAUACACUAAGGCUCUCUUGGUGUAACCUUGAUAAGAGCAUGAUUACCGAGCCACAUUUCCUGCACACACAGAAUCAUCUGCAGUUUCUCGAUUUGUCCAACAAUAAUUUGCCGGGGAGCAUGCCCAACUGGUUGUUCACAAAUAAAACCACACUAGUUUAUCUGAAUCUUGCAAAUAACUCACUAGUUGGAUCACUAGAUCUGAUAGGGCAACCACAAACUAAUCUUAAACAGGUGAAUGUAUCAUUGAACCUAGUUGAAGGACAACUGCCAGCCAACAUUGGUUUCAUGUUUCCCCAUCUCAUAAUUCUCGAUGUUUCCCGCAACACUAUUUCUGGAACAAUACCACCAGCAUUGUGCAACAGCAGCAUACAACUUAUGGACCUAUCAAAUAACAGAUUUACAGGAAAAGUACCAGCUUGCUUGUUCACUGAUUGUUAUGCAAUGAAUAUAUUGAAGCUCUCAAACAAUACACUUGGUGGCAAGAUACUUGAUGGGGCUAGUAGCUUCUCCGGUGACCUAUGGGCAAUACACCUAGGCAACAACAAAUUUGAAGGGACUCUCCCUAGAAAUCUGUCUGGUAAUGUCCAAAUCAUGGAUCUGCAUGAUAACAAGAUGUCGGGAGAACUGGACACUUCCUUAUGGUGUCUUCCUUCACUGCAAGCUUUGAGCCUUGCUAAUAAUGGUUUAACUGGUGGCAUUCAUCCAGAAAUUAGCACAUUAACAAAUCUUAUGAUGUUAGACCUGUCAGGCAACUACUUUACAGGGCGUCUCCCAAACUGCGACACUAUGGUAUACCUCACGUUUCUGAGUGUAUCGGGGAAUUCCCUGUCAGGCUCCCCGGGUGCCUUUUUCAACAGCUCCUACAUUACGGCUUUAGAUCUCAGCAAUAAUCAGUUCACAGGCAACCUUGAGUGGGCACAACAUCUUUCUCAAGUCAGUGUACUUUUGUUAAGCAGGAAUAAGUUUGAGGGACAUAUCUCUUCAAAUCUCUGUCAUCUCCAACACUUGAGUAUAAUUGACGUCUCGCACAACAAACUUUCGGGUUCCGUACCACCAUGUAUUGGUGGCAUUCCAUUUGAACCCAUUGAUCCUUUCGAAAAUUGGCCCGCAGCUGGUAGUAUUACCUAUGGAGGAGGCGAAUAUGGUGCGGACUUUGUUUAUAACAAUAAUUAUGACCUCCCAGGCUUCACCUUCACAACUAAAGGGCACCCAUACACAUAUGGACAAAACUUCUUCAUGUCGAUGUCUGGCAUUGACUUCUCUUCAAACAUGCUGUCAGGUGAGAUUCCGAAGGAGAUGGGGAAUUUGAGCCAUAUCAAGUCUCUCAAUUUGUCGAACAAUUUCUUGACUGGACCGAUUCCUGCAACCCUCGCAAAUAUGAGCGAGAUCGAAAGCUUAGACCUGUCCAAAAACAGGCUGAAUGGAUUGAUACCAUGGCAGUUGACACGGCUAUCAUCAUUGGAGGUGUUCUCUGUGGCAUACAACAACUUAUCGGGAUGUCUACCAGACUCUGGUCAGUUUGGCUCAUUUGAUACAGACUGUUACAGAGGGAACAACAACCUUCGAUCCUGCACUUCCAGUUCAGGUCAUGUGGCAUGGAAUGGUACUGCAGGAAGUGUGCCUGAUGAUUCUGACCCGAUCCUCUACGUGGUCGCUGCCGUUUCAUUCGUCUUGGCAUUUUGGGCCACUAUCAGUUUCGUAUUCUGCCAUUCAUUUGGGCGGCGUGUUAUUCUCAAACUGUGGUAGGUAAAGAUGGAGAGAGGGCUAGUGAUUAACAGCGCUGAUGUGUAAACAACACAAGGAGAUCACUUUUGUAAUCUGCUUUUCGAUUAUGCGUGUAUUCGUAAACUAUGUUACCUUGGUUUAAUAUGGAAGAGUUUUUGUGA